AUGACCCAAAAUCUCGUGCUGGGGCUUCGCGCAGCACGCGAAAAAUUGAGAGCAAAACAUGUUCGCGGCCAUGGCCUCUUUGGGAAGGGUCAAGGCGCUCUCCAGCAGGAGCUGCGAACAGCGAAGGGCGAGCUGGCAGAGAAGUCGGAGCGUCUCGCGGCCACAGAGGAAUCACUGAAAGCAGCAGAGGAGAGGCUGCAAGCACCGGACUCCGCCCAGACCAGCAACGUUGCUUCUGAGGAGCUGCAACAUGCCAAGAAGGAGCUUGCGGAGAAAACUGAGCGUCUCGCGGCCACAGAGGCAUCACUGAAAGCAGCAGAGGAGAGGCUGCAAGCACCGGACUCCGCCCAGACCAGCAACGUUGCUUCUGAGGAGCUGCAACAUGCCAAGAGGGAGCUUGCGGAGAAAACCGAGCGUCUCGCGGCCACAGAGGCAUCACUGAAAGCAGCAGAGGAGAGGCUGCAAGCACCGGACUCCGCCCAGACCAGCAACGUUGCUUCUGAGGAGCUGCAACAUGCCAAGAGGGAGCUUGCGGAGAAAACCGAGCGUCUUCGCGUGACAGAGGCAUCUUUGAAAGCAGCAGAGGAAAGGCGGCAUGCUGCAGAAGCCCAGGUACGGGUUGCUAAGGCUACGGAGGAGGUCCUGCAGGAACGUGUCAGCACUCUCCAGCGCGCACUCCAAGUUGCGAAGGGCAAGAGGCAAAAUCGCUUGGAUGGGAUCGUGGCCAAGUCUCGGGCCGUGCUCGACUGGGUUGCCGAAGAAGAUGCAAAAGGGGAGGAAGACGAAUCCGCUUCGUCCGCGACCAGUGCUACAGGACCCGACAAGUCCGCACCAUCCAAGCAGCCCGCCGCCAGUGCUCCAGGAGCAACAGCCGACCCUGCUACCUCCGGCACCGGUGCGGCAGGACCGUCCGCACCGGCACUCUUCGAGCAGACCUCUGCGAAUGCUCCAGGACCCAGUUCUGACGAUGUGUCCUCGCUCUUCGGGGAAAGCAGUCAAGGAGCAGCUGGCGCUUCUUCCUUCUUCGGGCACACCGCGGCCAGUGCUUCAGGAGCAACGGCCGACACUGCUACCUCCGGCGCCGGUGCGGCAGGACCGUCCGCAUCGGCACUUUUCGAGCAGACCUCUGCGAAUGCUCCAGGACCCAGUUCUGGCGAUGUGUCCUCGCUCUUCGGGGAAAGCAGUCAAGGAGCAGCUGGCGCUUCUUCCUUCUUUGGGCAGACCGCGGCCAGCGUUUCAGGAGCAACGGCCAACCCUGCUGCCUCCGGCGCCGGUGCGGCAGGACCGUCCGCACCGGCACUCUUCGAGCAGACCUCUGCGAAUGCUCCAGGACCCAGUUCUGGCGGUGUGUCCUCGCUCUUCGGGGAAAGCAGUCAAGGAGCAGCUGGCGCUUCUUCCUUCUUUGGGCAGACCGCGGCCAGCGUUUCAGGAGCAACGGCCAACCCUGCUACCUCCGGCGCCGGUGCGGCAGGACCGUCCGCACCGGCACUCUUCGAGCAGACCUCUGCGAAUGCUCCAGGACCCAGUUCUGGCGAUGUGUCCUCGCUCUUCGGGGAAAGCAGUCAAGGAGCAGCUGGCGCUUCUUCCUUCUUCGGGCAGACCGCGGCCAGUGCUUCAGGAGCAACGGCCGACCCUGCUACCUCCGGCGCCGGUGCGGCAGGACCGUCCGCAUCGGCACUCUUCGAGCAGACCUCUGCGAAUGCUCCAGGACCCAGUUCUGGCGAUGUGUCCUCGCUCUUCGGGGAAAGCAGUCAAGGAGCAGCUGGCGCUUCUUCCUUCUUCGGGCAGACCGCGAGUGCUUCAGGAGCAACGGCCGACCCUGCUACCUCCGGCGCCGGUGCGGCAGGACCGUCCGCACCGGCACUCUUCGAGCAGACCUCUGCGAAUGCUCCAGGACCCAGUUCUGACGAUGUGUCCUCGCUCUUCGGGGAAAGCAGUCAAGGAGCAGCUGGCGCUUCUUCCUUCUUCGGGCAGACCGCGGCCAGUGCUUCAGGAGCAACGGCCGACCCUGCUACCUCCGGCGCCGGUGCGGCAGGACCGUCCGCACCGGCACUCUUCGAGCAGACCUCUGCGAAUGCUCCAGGUUUCCUCGAUGCGCUGCAUUCGCUGUCCGUUUUUGCGUCCCUCUGUUGGUUGGGCACGGAAGCUGCAAAAUAUCAGCACGUUGAUCUGAGAGCAUGGGUGAACACAUCCAUGAUAGGAUUCCCGCUCGAAGCAGCGCGCCAGACAGCUUGGCAAGUGAGUCUAUGGUGCAGCAUGAGCAAGGGCGAUGCAGGAUCACACCUAUUCUUUGUUGGGACAGUGCAGAUUAGAGCAGCUGGCGCUUCUUCCUUCUUCGGGCAGACCGCGAGUGCUUCAGGAGAGCGACUUUACUAUGCAGGGGAGGGCCUGUUGAUGUUUCAGGAGAUGUUCGUGCUAAUGGUUGGUUGGGGAUGGAAGCUGCAAAAUAUCAGCACGUUGAUUUGUGACUUGCAGGACCCAGUUCUGACGAUGUGUCCUCGCUCUUCGGGGAAAGCAGUCAAGGAGAGCAUGGGUGAACACAUCAAUGAUAGGAUUCUCGGAGCAGCUGGCGCUUCUUCCUUCUUCGGGCAGACCGCGAGUGCUUCAGGAGCAACGGCCGACCCUGCUACCUCCGGCGCCGGUGCGGCAGGACCGUCCGCACCGGCACUCUUCGAGCAGACCUCUGCGAAUGCUCCAGGAGUUGGUGGAACUUCAAUCUUCGCGCCCUUCGGGCAAGCUACUGCCAGUGCUCCAGGAGGAGCCACUUCAAACGAUGUCUCGUCACUGUUCGGGGAGAGCACCCAAGGAGUUGGUGGAACUUCAAUCUUCGCGCCCUUCGGGCAAGCUACUGCCAGUGCUCCAGGAGGAGCCACUUCAAACGAUGUCUCGUCACUGUUCGGGGAGAGCACCCAAGGUCCCGACAAGUCCAACCGCCGGCCUCGCAGCAUGCUGGUAGCCGGAGUGUCCUCUGAGUUGGUGGAGCUUCCACCUUCGCGCCCUUCGGGCAAGCUACUGCCAGUGCUCCAGGAGGAGAAUGACACGUCGGCCGUGGCUGAGAUUACCUCCUUGGGGCGGAGCCAUGCCUGGCAGAAGGCCUUGAGUCGGCUCCAGGAAGGCGCCGACGCCCGCGCCUCCAUCGCAGCCUGGAGCAGCUGCAUCAAAGCCUGCAAAAGCGAAGAGCGCUGGCCGAUUGCCAUAGGCUUGCACGAUGCCAUGAUAAGCAGCAUCAUCCAGCCCAGUGUCGUCAGCUAUGGUAGUACUAUCUCAGCUCUUGCUGCUGAUGCACAAUGGGAGUGGGUGCUGAAGGCAUUGGAAGACAUGGAGAGCCGUUUUCUUCAGCCGAACUUGGUGGUGUUGAAUUCUGCAAUCCGCUCAUGCAGCGAGUGGAAUGUCGCACUGGCACUACUCGCUGACCUCCCACAGAAUUUGCUUGAAGCCGAUGCGAUAAGCUUCAAUGCUGCUAUCGCCGCUUGCGUUCACAACUGGCAGGUUGGGGUCGAAAUACUUCAGCAGAUGCACGAGGCCUUGAUCUUGCAGGAUGUGGUGACUUCCACUGGAGUCAUCAAGGCUUGUGGCAGCAGCAUCCAAUGGCAGGCGGCGUUGGAAGUGCUCGAUGUGGCGCAUAGCAAAGGCGUUCGCCUCGACGUCCAGUGCUUCAACUGCGUCCUGAAUGCAUGUGCAGCUGCAAGCAGGUGGGUCUAUGCUUUGCAGCUGAUCGGAGCAAUGGCCUCCAUGGAGCUUCGGCCCGACGAUGUGACUUUGGGGACUGCCACCUCCGCAUGUGGCAAAGCCGGACGGUGGGAGCACGCUCUGCUGCUUUCCAACCUGUCUCUAAAUGUGCAGAGGAGCGUUUUUUCGCAGACGGCAGCAGUGUCAGCAUUGGCGAAAGCCGCGCAAUGGGCCCUGGCCCUGAGCAGUAUGGAAUGUAUGCAGCAGUUAUCUACACCACCCAACCACGUGACUGUCGGUGCAGUGAUUUCAGCGUUUGGAAACGCGGCCCGCUGGGAUGGAGCUCUGUCUAUUCUUUGGGAGAGCAGGCAUGCGCUUCCACUCACUGUGGGCUGUUUCAAUGCUGCUAUCCAGGCGUGUCACCUCGCUGGCCGAUGGCAGCAUGCUCUCCAGGUCUUGUGUCAGAUGGAGCCACUUACGCCGGACAUCACCAGCCAGAACAUCGCAAUGAAUGCCUGUGGUCUCCAGUCGCAAUGGCAGCGCGUCAUCGACAUGCUGGAGGACUGCCGCCGCCGAGAGCUCCAAGCGGACGAGCUGACGCACCGAGCAGUGCUGGCCGCUUGCAGCGCGGCCGCGCAGUGGAGCCAAUGCUUAAGAGCUCUAGCUGAGGGGCCCAGUCAUCCCAGUUUGGUCACUCACACCAUGGCCAUCGACUCACUCCGGGCGACGGCGGGCGGCUGGGCCCUGGCUCUGGCGCUCCUUCGGGACGCGGAGCUCCGAGGUUUGGAGUUUGACACCGUCAUCUGCAACGCCGCCAUCAACGCCUGUGCCGGCUCGGGACAAUGGGAAGCCGGACUGGCCCUGAUGGCGCGGAUGCAUCGAGAACAGAUCGAGCAGAGCGUCGCGACCCACACCUCCGUUUUGACGGCCUCUGCCGUCGCUGCUCUCUGGGAGGUGGCGCUGACGAUCCUUGGAGAUCUGCGAUCGAAGUCUGCAUCGACAGCUCGGGCGGUCUACAACGCAGCCUUAAGUCCCUUGGGGAACACAGGACGUUGGGAACACGCCUUGGUGAUUCUCAAUGCAAUGCAAGUGGAACGCGUGCAAUUCGACCUGAUCACCUGCAGCUCGGCAAUGAGUGCAUGUGAGAAGGGCAUGCAAUGGGAGCAUGCCUUGGUCCUGUUCUCCCAGUUGGCGCGGAGCAACUUGAGAGCCGACGCCAUCUGCUACAACGCCGCCAUCGAGGCUUGCUCGGCUGCUGAAGAGUGGACCCUCGUCAGCGAGCUCAUGCGAGCGUCCCUGCAGUCUGCAGACAGCUUCACCAUCGCAGCUUAUGAUCACUCAGUGCAAGCAGGAAGUUCGGUGGACUGCUUCAAGCAUAUCGUUCUCAUUUGUCUUCUGCAGCGCAUGGUCAGAGAUGGCGACCCCUUCCUGUUGAUCGACACGCACGCUGGCAGAGGUCUCUACGACCUCACUCAGGAGGUGCCCAUGCUCAGGAAUGCCUCCAAAUGGGGAGUUCAGCAACUGGCAGAAGCUGCAUCUGCCUCCGAUGCUCUUUUGGAUGCUUUCGUCUGCACACAGCGUGGCUUUCUGGAUCGUGACUUCCAACCUCUUCCUCUUCGUUUCUACUUGGGAUCGCCGGCCAUUGCGCUGCAGUGGCUUCGGCCGCAAGACCGCGGCCUCUUCUUCGAGCUCUCGGAGCCCGUGUCUGCAGAGCUACAGAGUUUCUUCGACAGCUUGGCUAGCACGUCAAAGGCGUCCUCAGUCGAGCUGCGCUGUGCCAACUCAUAUUCCUGGAUCCUGGACCACCUUGCAACCCUUUCCAAAAGAAGCCUCGUAUUCGUGGAUCCGCCCUACGAGCCCUACGAUGUUUCCAUGGCCUGCAAUCUGGUGCUGCUCGAAGAGCUCCUUGCAAAGGAAGCCUGCUGCGCCGUGUGGUAUCCGUUGCUGGAUGGCGUUGACAUUGCACCCUUUUAUCAACGGAUCGCACAGCUGACCAAGGUGCAGGGGGAUGCACUGGUCGUGGAAUUUGGGUUUGAGACAUCCGGCUUGACUUCGCUGCAGAGCUCUGGAAUUCUCAUGACCCACCCGCCACAGAUAGACUCAGAAGUCGCGAAAAGCUUGGAAGCCAUGCAGCUCAGCGUGCACGUGGUAGUGACUCUCGAGCAAGACGAGAGUGAAACCCGUUGGCGAGAGUUUCAACUCACCGUGGAGCUCAACAACAUGGCCGAGGGCGCUGUCGAGCGCCAAGCUAGCGACGAAGCCCUCUGCUGGAUCUGCAGAGAUCCGGACAGGGCCGAGCCCUUGGUGGCACCGUGCCGCUGCCGCGGGAGCAUGCGUGGAGUGCACGCGAGCUGCAUCGAGUCCUGGGUUGCUGCGAGGCAAGAGCAAAGGAUGCGCUCGGAGAUGCAGGGUGGUGAUAGUGUUCAGCCACGAAUCUGCUGCGAUCUGUGUGGCGAGCCCUACCAGGCAGAGCACCAGCCAGCCAAUCUUUGCGAAUGUCUACAGGCCCACUGCCGCAGCGUGCGCUCGGAGAUGCGAGACUCCAGGCUGAGCGCGCGGCAGGUGCUGUUCGUGAUGUUCCUCAGCACCUGGCUGCUUUUCGUUCUUUUGGCCAGUGCCGAGUUAGUGGCCGGCGUUCUAGUGCAGGCUUGCCGAAAGAGCUCCUGCUGGAUGGCAAGUACUGUGCUGGCACUCUGCUUGUUGACCUUGCUGCUCGAGAUGGUGGUCGUCUUGGUAUCCUUCCCCUACUCUGGGACUCCUCCCAGCUACACGGUUCUACGGCCUUUCCACAUCUCGGCGACCGACCCCAACACGAAGGCCGUCGUGUUCCUCCUGUGGCUUCAUUUGUGGAUGGCACCGCUCAUCUCUGCAAUGUGUGGCUGCCUUAUCCGCGCUGCCUCUAUCGGUCCCAGCGCAGCGCCCGUCGCCUGGUGGCUUGUGGGGAUUUUGGUGGUGCCACCGCUGAUGCCUCUAGUGAAGCAUUCCAGCAUCGCCUUGCGUGACUUCUCCUGGCAGCAGAUGGCUAGCAGGUGUGCGACCUUCGUGCAGGAGUUUCAACGCAUCGGCAGGGCUUGCUGUUCCGGCCGAAGCCUCGAGCGCUGCUGCAGCUUCCUGCGACUGGUUUCGAGCCCCUCUUUGCCGUGGCUGCACGUCUGCCUGGCCUUCCCUUUCGGCAUCGCCUGGUUCUGCUCGGCACCGGCCAGGCUGCGCUACUGGGUACUGGGCCUGAGCGGUGGGAUUGGAUGCGCUGCCUCUGCCUUUGCCUGGCUGCAGCUCUGCUCAAAGGGCCCUCAGCACGACGACUAUCUCUGUCCCUACGAGGCCUCAGUUCGAAUGCAUGCGGGCUGGUUCCUUUCCCUUGUCAUGUUGCUCUAUGCUGCUUUCAGUGUUUUCGCAGAAUGGCAUUUCCUACCGCACUCAAAGCGAGACCCGGUGAGAGCCAACGUUGCUGUCUUCGUGGUCUGGUGCGUGUGGGUGUCACUGGUGACCAGCUUGGCCAUGUAUGCCAACUGCUUCAUGCUGAUGGGGUACAGCCAGACUUGGCGCAGACAGCACGGUCGCGUGCGGAUCGCUGGAGAAGCUCUGGUUCGUGUCUAG